ACCACCACCACCACCACCGCGUGGCACGGUUGAGCAUCUUCGUGCCAGUAGCGCACAAUUAAGUGGCUCUAACAGCACGAAGGGCCCCCCACAUCUGCGAGGCAUGUGCUGACUUAAGCAGCGGGUAACGCCGGCGAUGUUGGACGACCACGACGUCGCGCAGUGUUGCAGCGUGGGCUUACUCGCCGCACCACAGCACCAUGAUCCCGCCGGCAAUCUCGGUUCGAUUUGGGGGGCUGGCCCAUGGCUCACAUCAGCAGCGGAAGCGCUGUCCGUCGUGAGUGACGACCAAGCCCUCUUCGUCGAUUCGCCCGCGUUCGUGUCCUCGGCGCUCCAGGGCACGGCGAGCGCGCCCGUGGGUGUCCCCUCUUCGCUCCUCAAGGGAGAGAUGACCGCCUCGGCUCCCGGUGAAUUCACGCAGGGUGGCCGGCUGAGCCCUCUUCCCCAGACCGAGUGGUUGGCGCAGGGCGGGCGCGUGAGCGUCAAGCGAGAGUACGAGCACAUCAACGGCAGCAGGGAGUCGCCGGUUGAUUGCAGCGUGACCAAGCGAGCUAAGAUGCCUGCACCGGGCGCGGUGGAGGCGUCGCAGCCGGGGUACGGCGGCUACCUGGACGACAAGGGGCUGCCGCCGCCCAACACAACGGCCAGCGAGCGUCGGGUCAUUGUACCGGCCGACCCGACCCUGUGGACACCUGAGCACGUGCGCCAGUGGCUCGAGUGGGCUGUGAAGGAGUACGGCCUCCUGGAGGUAGAGCCGGCUCUAUUCCAGGCCGUGGACGGCAAGGAGCUCUGCAAGAUGAGCAAGGAGGACCUCAUGCGUCUCACGACGGCCUACAACGCCGAAGUGCUGCUGUCGCACUUGAACUACCUCAGGGAAAGCAGCUCCGCAUUCGCCUACCCCAACGCGUCGGCUUACUCGGAGCAGGCGGCGAGACUCGCCACGAAGCCAGACCCAUCUUCAUAUGACAGCAUCAGGCGCACAGCGACUUGGACAGGCGCUCCGACCACCCCAACCACUAAAGGGAGCACGCCCAGCGUGCAGAGCCUAAACAAAUCCACCGAGGGGCGCACACAACCUGAUCCCUACCAGAUCCUCGGACCGACGAGCAGUCGCCUCGCUAACCCCGGGAGCGGCCAGAUCCAGCUGUGGCAGUUCCUCCUCGAGCUGCUCUCCGACAGCUCCAACGCCAACUGCAUCACGUGGGAGGGCACCAACGGCGAGUUCAAGAUGACCGACCCGGACGAGGUGGCGCGCCGCUGGGGCGAGCGCAAGUCCAAGCCCAACAUGAACUACGACAAGCUGAGCCGCGCGCUGCGCUACUACUACGACAAGAACAUCAUGACCAAGGUGCACGGCAAGCGCUACGCCUACAAGUUCGACUUCCACGGCAUCGCACAGGCGCUGCAGCCGCACCCCACCGAGUCGAGCGUCUACAAGUACCCGUCGGAGCUGUCCUACGUGUCGCCGUACCACGCGCACCACCAGCAGAAGAUCAACUUCGUGUCGCAGCACCCGCCGCCCUCGAUGCCCGCCACCACCUCGAGUUUCUUCGCGGCCACCGCGCCCUACUGGAGCUCGCCGGCGGCUCCUGGCAUGUACCCGGCGCCGCCCGGAGUGGCGCGGCACCCCAGCCCCCACGUGCCCUCGCACCUGGGCACCUAUUAUUGAGCGUGGUGGUGGUGAUGGGGGUGGUGGUGGGGCUGGUGGUGGGGGAUUAGAAGGGUCGGGGGUGGUGGCGGUAGCAUGCCAUGCCGAGUGGUUGGUAGUGGGUUCCUGUAGUGGUUGUAGUAGUAGUGGUGGUGGUAGUCACCUGUGCCGGACUUGCAAUUUUCCUGUGGGUUGGGGGGGGGUUGGAGAAGCAAUGUUACAAAGUGUACCCAAAAAAGUAGUUCCUGUGUGGGGUUAGGCCACAACCCACGCGACGUCACCGGGUGGAUGGGACAACGUCGCAAGGCACAACUUGCUUGCAACUCCCCCCCCCCCCUCGCCAUCCAUUCGCCCCACUCCUGCAACGUCUGGACGAUGCUUGCAAACGAGCACUGAUGCGGUGUGAAUUUAAGAAGCAUGAAUAUCUUGACCAGAUAUUGAUGACAUUUUGUAUUCAGGUCACGUCAAAGUCAAAAGUGUUUUCCGGCUCAACUGACCAAUGUUUUUUCUGCGCGUAUUUUGUCUUCAUCACCUCUGAGCCAGUGGUGACAAUUCCACAUUCCAAUGACCGGGAGCAGUCCAUUGCACAUGACGACCACUGCUAGGACUUCCCACGGAGUGGUGGUAGUCGUUGCUAGCGAGCCCACAGCUGCGAUGGGCUGCCUCGGAAUGAAACUCUCCAGCCGAGUCAAGCGCUCCAUUCCACUGGGUCACCAGCACAGGAUGUAUCCCAAGUAGCGUAAUUUCAGACGUUUGGUAACGAACACCCCCCCCCUCCCUACUGCAGUGUCAACCCUGUGUGAGGAAGGGGGGGGGGCACAGUUUGCUUUGCGGAGAUCGCUGUCUCACCCACAGUCACCUGUUGCGGGCCAGACGAUCUGUGCCACCGUUUCUUCUGGGUACACUUUGUAAAGAUGCGGAGAGAAGAGCAACGAGAGACGAUUAAGUCUGCACCACCACCGCCACCACCACCACCACCAUCGCAGCAACAACAAGAACAACAACCAGACAUGUCUGCCUGUCAGCAACAGCAACAACAAAAGCUGAAUGACCCAGGCACAGUGAACAAAGAUGGACAGCGCGUGACAAUACGACGUGUCUCCUUGAGACAGGAACAAUGAUUUUUUAAGAGACUUUUUUUUUUAAAUGGCCGCUGUCGUCUUCAAGCAAGCGCCUGCUUGACCUCCUUGAACUCAAAGAGGUGCACCUCCUCCACUGGAUUUGUAAUACUGUAACCGUAAACGUGAGAAGAAUAUCCCUUGACGGAGCGCACUCACUCGCCACCAAAGUUCUCAAUGUGAUGUUGUGUGUCGAAGAAAACAAAAAUAAUAAUGAAACGCAAAGCAGCAUUUGUAAGGAGUUGUAUCGGGCACGACGGAAACUUGCCACGUGUGCUGCGUAGUUGCACUGAAAUGCGGAAAGGGAGAAAAAAAACCCUCUGUUACCCCAACUUAUUUUGUCUACCGCGCAUAGAAUAUCCCAAGGACCCAGAACCACUUGCUCUCACAAUCCUAAUCGUGUACUGUACAAUAUUAUUCGAAGCGCGUCCCGGUGUGGAAUUAUUUUGUCGUCGUCGUUUUUGUAAUUAAAAAAAGAAGCCUCUCUUCCACCACCACUUUGUGAAAACAACGAAUGCAAGGCAUUGCAAGGUAUCAUCCGCCCGUCUCCGGGGCCUGCGAGCACAAUCAACGCGUCGCGUAUCAAUUACUGAAAAGUGCCUUUCUUUUCUCUCGUGUUCCCCAUUUUGUGUGUGGGUUAAGACCAGCAGCAAAAUACGGCCGUAUUCGGGUAUUAACAAUAGGAAUAAUGACCUUUUUUCUUUUUCAAACAUUAUCCCGGAAAGAAGAAACCUCACCGAGUCUCAAGACUCUCGUCUUUUUUCCUGUAUUCAAGGUGGAUCCUGCUGAGGCUCGGGCUGCCCAAGAGGUCUCUUUGAGACCCGUGGGCAGAUUGCCACACAGGUUGGGGAGGGUUGGGGGCUGCUAUUCACGAGCAACUACAAGAACAUUCGGCCAGUUGUUGAGAGGGGGGGGGGGGCGCUUUUUGGUUGAGUCCUGGCGGCAAAUUGCCCUCAUUUUGCUCUGAUCCCCGCCCCCCAAGCCCCAGAUUUACAAGAAUUGGGUGGCGGCGUGUGGGAGUGAAAUCGAGCGAAGAGUCCAGGAGAAAACCCGCCACGCGUACGACGGGGGUGGGAGAUGGGGGUGGGGGGGUGACACUUUGGAGAUGUAUAAAAUAUGUGAGCACAAGGAGGAGAUAAACAAGCCACUCGUCAGUCCCACGCCGUCGUUUUUGUUGUUAAAAGCGCUUCAAAGAGCCGAGUCGCGCGACGUUUUUUUUUCUUCUGCUGUAA